AGAGAAAAAAAGAGAGGAGUACAAUCAGAACCAGACGACUUCAGUUGACUUGGAGCAGUCUAAGCCUGGACCUUUUCUCUUCAGCUUUUUGAUGACCAGCAGACCACAGUUUAGAAAGGUAAAGCAUCAACACUGAAAUCAACCGAGAAUAAUGUCACACCUCCAGUUCCAGCUUAAUUAGUACGGAAAGAGCAAGGUUGACCGCAAAAGUAGACAUGAGGGUGCAAACUUUCUCAAGAGCACAAAUUCAGCAGGACUUUCAUGUUCGGUGCCAGACUCUUGCAGCCAAUGACAACCGAGGCUAUAAGCAGGAUUUUGAGGAGCUGGGUGAUGUCGGUAAAGACCUCCCCAGCAGAGCGGGGGAACUGGAGGCCAACAGAGAGAAGAAUAGAUACCCCUACAUAUUACCAUAUGACCACUGUCGGGUGCGGCUGUCUGUUCAAAACUCUGAUCCUUUCACCGACUACAUCAACGCUAGUUUUGUACCUGGUGGAGGAUCAGAGCGAGACUUCAUCUGCACUCAGGGUCCUUUACACAGCACCAUGGCUGACUUCUGGAGGAUGGUGUGGGAACAAAACGUCAGGAUCAUCGUCAUGGUGACUGCUCUGAAACACAAGGACACGGUGCUGUGUGACAAGUAUUGGCCUCUAAAUCGAGGAGCAGUUUAUCAUGGCCAAAUCCAGGUGACAACUGUGGCCCGUAAACAAGGUCCAGAUUAUUUUAUCACCACCAUCAACCUCAGACAGAGAGACUGUCCAACAGAAAGGAUAAUCACACAUUACUACUACCCUGCCUGGCCAGAUCGAGACGUCCCCAAAGACUCCCUCUCCCUGUGUGGCUUCACUGAGAAUGUGCGUCAGCAUAUGCAAGCAAUCCCUCGCUUGGGCCCCGCUGUCGUGCACUGCAGUGCAGGUGUUGGGCGCUCAGGGACAUUUGUGACACUUUUGUGGCUGAUGCAGCUCUGUGCCAGGGGCAUCCAGCCUGACAUCAGAGCUGCUGUGGAAGACUUGCGGCUACAUCGAAUGUGGAUGGUCCAAAAUCUGAAGCAGUACAUACUUGUUCACCAGUGUCUGCUAAACUGGCUCAGUGGGGGUACCUCAAUACACCCACAAAUUCAGGGAGCCAGUCCAUUUACCCACCAAAGUCAGGAGCGUCCCCACAGCUCCUCAGGAAGAGGAGACCGAUCAGGAAGGAGGCGACAUCACCAUCAUCGGCAGGUACUCCCAUCAGACCAGCCCCAGAAUACAAUGCAGCAGAUUUUACACCCUGGGAACCUACUGAGGAGGAUACUGCCGUCAUCAUCAAUGUUUUAUCCUAGCUCACACAAGUCCUGAACUCACAAACUGGAGAAGUGAGAAUACAAGCAUGAAACUGGGUAAAAAAACAAACUGAAAUAUGUCCUCAUAUCUGCACCUGGGAAGAAAGAACUGAAGCUGCAGAAAUAAUGCUAAGUGCUGUGACGGCAGGCCCUGCAGGCAUAAAACUGGCCUGACAACAUGCAAAAACAUGCAGGGAAAAAACACAGACGCAGCUCUUCCUUUUGUUACAAGAGGGAAAGAUUAAGAAGAGAGAACCUUUCUGACAGGUCGGACCUGUUCCUCUACUGUGAAUCGCUUACCAUGAGAUUAAUGGGAACAAUAACAAGGCUGCCACCUGAGCAUAGCUGAAUAUUGAGGGAGCACGCAAGCAUGUCAGCCCUUAAAUCAGAAAGCUCUUCCUGUAUAACCACGACUGUGUACAGAUAAAGCAAUGUUUGAAUGAA